AUGGCGCCCAAGCGACAGUUUCCAGGGUCAGGAGAUGACACAGCGUUUCCCAGCGAAAAGCGCAACAAACUCGAUGCACCGUCACUCUCGCCCACGCUGGGCGACUUGAGCAAGACCAUUGAGGAAGCGCGGCGACGUGCCAUGGCCGCUUUCCAGAAGUCUGGCUUGCCCGCCAAACCCAGUGCACCGCCUGCUCCUCCCGUGAAGCCAGAGACGAGCAAGGCAGCGGAUAUCACAGCGCCGACGCCAGCACGUGCGCCUGAAUACGAGAAGCCUGUGGGUAUUCACCCCCUCCUACUAGGCGACGCCGCUCGCAUUCAAGAAAAGUUUCGGUCCCUGGCCCCCAAGUUCGCCUCGAUCCAGGCGAACAAGCGUGCGAUCCCUGGUCGACCUGCGCCUCCUACCACGUCGAUCUUGGAUGCGAAACCUGUGCCGCUGAAACCCAAGAACCCUUACCUUGCACACGAAACAGACAAGACCGAGGGUCCAAAGCCAAAAAGCAUGCAUCGCGCUAUGCAAUUUCACCGGCCUGGAAAGUAUAUUAUGGAAGCAGAGCAAAUCCGUCGGGACGAGAAAUUGGCUGCGUUGAAAGAGCGCAUUCAGGAAACGGCUCGGAAAGCGGGUUUGCAUGAUGAGCUGCUCGACGAUGAGCGCAUCCUCCGCCGUCCAGAACCCCCAGCCGCAGAAUGGUGGGAUGUCGCUUUGCUGCCGACCAAGUCGUACAGCGAUGUUCCUGACGUGCCAUUAGCACCACAGGCAUCACGACCGCCGACCUUCCCUCUGAUCGACCAAGAUACCUCCCCUGUGGACCAUCUCAUUCAGCAUCCGAUCCCCAUCCCGCCGCCUACGGCGAAUAUCAAAGUACCAUCACGUGGCGUGAUCCUGACCAAGCAAGAGAUGAAAAAGAUGCGCCGGCAACGUCGUGCAGCCGAGCAGCAGGACAAGCGCGACCGCAUUAAAAUGGGAUUGUUGCCGCCUGACCCACCGAAAGUCAAGCUAUCGAAUUUGAUGCGUGUCCUUGGCCAAGAAGCCGUCGCAGAUCCGACCAAAGUUGAGGCGCGUGUCCGCCGUGAAGUGGCUGCACGACAAGAACAGCACGAGCGAACCAAUGCGGAGCGUAUGCUGACCGACGAAGAGCGACGUGAUCGGCGGAUCUACAAGACCAAGGUGGAAGAGGCCAAAGGUAUUUGGUGCCACGUCUACCGCAUUGGCCGCUUGGAAAGCCCCUCGCAUCGCUUUAAAGUACGCAAGAAUGCACAACAGCAUCACCUGAGUGGCUUGAUUCUUACGCAUCCUGAUCAGGCCUUGGUUGUCGUGGAAGGAUCAGCCAAGGCGCUUAAGGCGUACAAGCGCCUGAUGCUUGUGCGUAUUGACUGGACAGACCCUGGCCGUCCACGGCAAAGCAGUGUCGAGGGCGACGACGAGGAGGCGUCCGUAGCUGCGGACGACGCACCCGCGCUCGACUUACAGGGCAAUACGUGUGAGCUGGUCUUCGAAGGGCCCGUGCGUGAUCGAUCCUUCCCGCCUGGCUCCUUGCGCAUGGAACACUGCCCGACAGACUACAAACUCAAAGAGCUCUUAGGCCCGAAACUGGCUGGCUACUGGGAUGUGGCCAAACGCUCAGUAGCUGCUGCGCACGAAUUGUAA